CUUAUUGUUUCUUUUUUUCUGGGAAUACCCUGCCUGUAUGAUGAAGUUGUGAUGGACAUAAUGUGGGCCAUGAAGCGUCUCAUUCGCUAUUUUGUGCCCACUGAAACACCCGAGCUGCCUGAAGAGGAGAGCCUCACUAUGAGUCAAGACUACGGAUGUUUUUAAGUCGUUAUGGCUUUGAAAUCGAACCGGAGAUGGUCUACAACGAUAUUGUUCGUGCUGCAGCCAUCGUGUUUAGGUGUGAUGCUGUUGAGAAGGACCUUUACGAGCACUUGCAACAUCUUGGUCGUCACCUCAAGAAUGUGUCUGGCAUUGACUAUGAGAAUUGGGGAACUGUGAAACUCGCGACAGCUUUUAAGAUCAUAUGCAGCCGCAAAAUUGAUAAAUCUGAUGAGAUGUUUUCAGACGACGUGCGAUCAAAGCUGCUAGAUGAUGCAGACAAAUACAAAGAUCUUGUUUUUCGGACAGGUUGCAUUGCAAACUACAAAAAAAAUUUUAGGUCUCAAUAUACUCAGGAAUGAUAAAGUGGAUCAAUUGGCCGAGUUGGUUAAGGUAGCUAGGAUUAAAGCUGAACACGUGAGGGUGAAGCCUAUGCUCAAUAGAUCGCUGAACCUCUUGCAGGCUAAAUAAUUUGGUUUGCCAGUUAGGAAGCGUUCGGUAUGCAUUUGGCUUAAUCCAG